UGGCGGUCCUCACAACCUGCGCUCCUGACACCAUGUCUUGGUGGAAGAGAUAUUCGUGGGUUUUCUGGUUGUUUUAUCAAGUUCUUCAUUCAACAUCAUUGUUGGUCAAUGCAGAUGCUUGUGGAAAAGAUAUGGUUUUUAAAGAGACUCUUGAAGGUAAGACGCUGGCCAAUCACGUCUUUAAAACCGUACGAGCUACGAACGAUGCGCACUGCGAAUCCCAGUGUUUCUUGGAUGAUCGCUGUAUAUCCUACAGCUUUGGUACAAGUGCGAGUGGAGAGAAACACAUGUGUGAGCUGAGUGACUCGGAUCACUUUAUGCAUCCAGAAGAUCUAGUGCACAGACCUGGUGUCAUCUACAGAAGUGCUCAGAACACCUGCGACUGUCCUAAAAACUCGACAUGCAGAUAUAACUUUGCUGACAAUACGCAUCGCUGUGAAUGUCUACCUGGAUUUACUGGGGAUCGAUGCCAAACGAAUAUCGAUGAUUGUGCGUCUAAUCCUUGUCAAAAUGGAGCAUCAUGUCAAGACCGAGUCAACUCAUACAAYUGUACAUGUGCUACAGGAUUUUCUGGGAUAAACUGUCAGACAGAUGUCGAUGAGUGUACUUCUAAUCCUUGUCAAAAUGGAGCAUCAUGUCAAGACCGAGUCAACUCAUACAACUGUACAUGUCCUGCAGGAUUUACUGGGGCCGACUGUGAAUGGCUCAAAGUCGGUACUACAGUGUGUAUUGGAGCAAAAGAUGAUAAGUUUGGAAGGUUUACUAUUCCAGUUGCCUGCCAUGUCUUAAACUUCAAACUUGUUUAUGUGUCUGGAGGUGGAAUAUCGUGGAAAACUGGAGAAACCAAAGCCUAUUGGGGAACUACUAAUAAAAACAACAACAAACAUCUUAAUUUACACAUCACGGAUGAUAGUAACAAUAGAAUCAGUCCACCGAGUGACUUUCCACUGCUUGAUAUUGAUCUCAAUUUCAUGAUGUAUGAGUUGCCAGGUGUGACCAACAUGGACCGAGAACUUACAUUCCCUGAGUUGUCACCUCCCCUAGCAGUGACAGCAGGCAAGAAGUUCAGGAUAUGGGUGGAUCAAGAUCUGACAAACAUCUUAGAUGGUAACAACGAUGGACAAACGUGUGCCGAUGUCUUGAUUAAGAAGCAGAAUGUGUAAUACUCAUUCAUGGCGGCGGAACGACUCAACCGGCUGGUGGAGAGGACAUAAAAAACUUCAAAUGAAAUAUUGUGUUUGUGUUUACUAGUCUAUCACUAAUAGCCACUAGAAGCAAAGCCAAUCAGAGGGCAGGAUUUGUGAUAGGCUAUUAGAAGGUUUAGACUAAAACAAUUAGAGCUCUCCGUCCUCAUGGUCUACAAGUCAAUAGCCCAUUCGGCCUUAGACCUCAUAUGCUAUUGACGCGUAGACCAUUUAGCUUCGGGUUCAAAUGUUAAUUAAAAUAGACGUCGUCUUUAGCUUGGGCGAUUGUUUUGUCCAUUUUAGACCACGUGACAUCCCUUUGCAAAUAGGGUUCUUUUUUCAUUUGCAUCCAAAUAAAGAAAUGUCUACUCAAGAGAAUGACACUUGGUCUGAAAUGGGCUAAACAUUACACCCAAGCUAUGAGGUCUAUUGACUAUCAGUUUACUGCACAAUAUCRAACACACACAAAAUGAAAGCAGAUUAUUUACUCGACUGUAAGUUCAGUCUAUGCCAAGUGUUUUGAAGACUGCUUCUUUUAAUUGUGGGAAAAUUUUGACCUGGAAUUUGAAGAAUUUAAUUUCCAAGUUAUAACCUACUAAUCAACAGCCAGAAUUCAGAUGUAGACCAGGAGCAACUGAACGAAAUCGAAAACACAAAGCGCUUUACAGAAUGGGGACUGAAAAAGUUUGAAUGGCGCGUGAAGCAAAUAAUMAAUAGAGUUUUUUAUAAACGGACGUAUUUUCUUCCCGCAAACUGCAGAUAUGACAAUAUUUUUGUCGUUUCCUCGCAUUUCUCUUGUGACCUUUCGCAAACAUUCUCACCAAAGACAAGCAUGUCUUUUCGGCGACAUUUUCGUAGUCUGUAGUAAAGGCUACCGCUACCUACUAGCUGCUGCGUCCUUUACUGAUUCUUAUAAGGUAGUUCCUAAAUACAAGUGAAUCGUUCUGCACAAAACCGGGCCAGGUUUGCCAAAAUGGGCCAAAAACUCUAGUCGCUAAGAAGGCUUUUGUCAAUUUUAUGUGGCCGGUUUUUAUUAACUGGACUUUUUUUACGUCUAAGCGCACCUGCACAUAUAUUGUAAGAAAAUUGUUAUACUUUUCCCUUGGACAAGAGCUUAGCAGAUAAGAAAUUCACUGGAAAAGUACCACCAGCAAAGGUUGAAAAAAGAUUUCAGCACAUAAAAAGCACGACUGAAUAGAAACGAAAAAGAUCAAGGUUACUUCUUAUCCUUCGAUUGUAGGCUGUGUAAAACAAUAAGGCUAAUAAACGUACGUUCUAUUCGUCA